AUGGGGCCGAUCGAGCUGGAUCUGGGCCUGCUCGUGCUCUAUCUUCACCAACAGGAGGAGGAAGAGGUGCCCAUGGAGGGAGAGGUGGCCAUGGAGUGGGAGGAGGGCGCGGGGUGGCCGGGGUUGGCCGGGGUUGGCCGCGGAUCUCUGAAUCUGGCCCCGGGAGGAUUAGGCCAUGGUUCUGAGGCGGCUCGAGGAGGGGGUGCCCCGGGAGGAGGAGGCCAUGGUUCUACUCUAGGAGGAGGACGCCGCGGUUCUUCUCCGGGAGGAGGAGGCCAUGGAUCAUCGCCAGGAGGAGGCCAAGACUCGGUGGGAGGAGCCGAAGCCACAGCGGGAGGAGUCCAAGCCGCGCCCGGAGGAGCCCAAGCCACGUCCGGAGGAGUUCCCCUGGAGCACAGCAGCUCCCGGCGGGGUCAUGAAGAAGAGGGAGAUGACAGCAUCCCCGAUCUGGAACAAGACCCGGAUGCUCACAUGGAGGAGCUCGACGACGAGGCUGUCCAGUUUGUGGAUACCUUGGGUUUUGCUGCACCUGCUGCUGCGAAGAGAACCCGGGGAAAGAACUGGAACCAUGCUGAGACCAUGCUCCUGAUUGAUCUCGUUCGGGAAAAACAUCUCGCGAAGAUUGCGGGGGAGGGAGGAGCAGCCAGCAUGUUCUCAUGA